AUGAGCCACGGCCGCAACUCGAGGGACGUCCCUGUUCACGAGCAAAGGGCUGAGAUUGACGCAAUGAAGAAUUUGAACAGAAUAAAGUUCAGCGACGACCAUAUUCAUAACGGCAGACAAGACUAUAUGUGCAUGUGUUAUCGCUAUUCACAUACCCGCAUGCCCUUGAAUGCUGAAGCACUAACAGUAAUCAGGAUUGAAUACAUGCGUCAAGUGUCAAGUAGACCUGGUGUUUGA